AUGAUCACGGACCAAGUGAUCCAGCUCUCUCGCCAGUACGGGCCAGCGGCAGCCGAGUUCCUUCGGCAGUACUGGCCUGGCAUCCUAGCUUUCUGCCUCGUCGCCUGGCAUGUGCGCAACUACUUCUACAAUGGCCUCAACAAGUACCCAGGGCCAUUCCUCGCCCACUUCACGGACUGGUGGCGCUUCUUCAACGUCUAUGGUCGUCGACCGGAGCUUACACACAUCGCGCUGCACAAGAAAUACGGCCCUGUUGUUCGCUUGGGGCCGAAUAGCCUCUCGUUUGCUGACCCUGACGCUCUGAAGACGAUCUAUGGGCUGAACAAGGGGUUUAUCAAGCAGGCCGUGGUGAAGGGGAAGCCGAUGCCGUCGCUGUUCAGCACAACGGACAAUGACUUCCACAUGCAGUUUCGGCGCUGCGUCAACGGCGCCUUUGCCAUGUCGGCCCUCGUGCAAUACGAGCCCUUUGUCGACAACACUACGCGCCUGUUCCUCGAGCAGACCAAGAAGCUGUACAUCGACAACCCUCAGGCCUGCGACUUCACUCGCUGGCUGCAGUUCUAUGCCUUCGAUGUAAUUGGUGAGAUUACGUACAGCAAGCGGCACGGGUUCAUCGAGAAGAACGAAGAUGUCGAUGGUAUUGUCGCCUAUCUGACCAAACUUUUCCUCUACGUGGCACCGAUCGGCCAAAUCCCCCUUCUCGACAAGCUCUUCCUGAAGAACCCCAUCUACCUCAAGCUCUCCGAUUGGGGUCUCAUCGACGCGACCUUCCCGGUCGCCAAGUUUGCCCGAGCCCGCAUGUCUGAACGGUUGCCUGAACUCGAGCGCGAGAAAGAAGCCAAGAAACAAGGUAAAUCCAUCCUCCCGACCUCUGAGACCCGCACGCCCGACCUCCUUUCCAAAUUUAUUGCUGCCCACGAGGCUCGCCCCGAAUUCAUGACGCACAACCUUGUCCAGACUAUGGCCGUUUCCAUGGCCUUCGCCGGCUCCGAGACCACCGCCAUUUCUCUCUCCGCCGUCUUCUACUUCCUGCUGCGCAACCCAGCCGCGAUGGCCCGUUUGCGCAAGGAAAUUGACGACGCUGCUCGUGCGGGCCUCUUCUCUGACUACGAGACGGGCCUGGUCACCUGGCACGAAGCGCAGCAGCUGCCGUAUCUGGAUAUGUGCAUCAAAGAGGCAUUUAGGCUGCACCCUGCUCCUGGGCUUCCCAUGGAGAGGAUUGUGCCCAAGGAUGGGAUUGAGAUUGCCGGUCACUGGAUCAAGGGCGGCACGAUUGUUGGUUGCUCGGCGUGGGUGCUGCAUCGAGAUGAGAAGAUUUUUGGUGAAAGGGUAGAUGAGUACUGGCCUGAGAGGUGGGAGCCUAAGGGGCCUGAGGAUGAGGGUCGUGUUAAGGUUAUGAACGGCAUGAUGCUGCAAUUUGGCAUGGGCAGCAGGACGUGCAUUGGGAAGAAUAUUAGCUUGCUGGAGAUCUACAAGCUGGUUCCGACUAUGUUGAGAAGGUUUGAGAUCACCUUCGAUGAUCCCAACAGGGAAUGGGAGAUUGUCAAUGCCUGGUUCGUUAAGCAGCACAACUUUAUUACACAGUUCGAGCUUAGGCCGUUGGUGUUGCCGGAUGAGGGGUUUCUCACAAGUGAGAAGAAGCAUUGA